AUGUUUAAACGGGCUGCGGUGGCAUGGGAACCAGAGAAGCCAUUGUCGAUAGAGACCAUAGAAGUGGCACCACCUGGGAAAGGUGAAGUGCGUUUGAAAAUCCUCUUCAACUCCCUUUGCCGUACUGAUGUUUACUGGUGGGAUGUUAAGGGUCAGAAUCCGCUGUUUCCUCGUAUUUUAGGUCAUGAAGCUUCAGGGAUUGUGGAGAGCGUGGGUGAGGGUGUGACCGAUCUGAAACCAGGAGAUCAUGCACUCCCAAUAUUCACUGGGGAGUGUGGGGAAUGCAAAUAUUGCAAAUCGGAAGAGAGCAACCUGUGUGAGCUGCUAAGGAUCAACAGUGACAGAGGAGUUAUGCUGAGUGAUGGCAAAACAAG